AUGCCGACAAGGCGCCUCGAAGCUGUAUACUUACUCCAAACCUCUACAGCCAUCGAACUGACAGGCAACAAACCCGCUUCACAACAUGGCAAGACAAUCCCCCCUGGCACAGAAUUGAUAGGCCAAUCUGGUCGUUGCUAUGCUAUUGAACGAGUCCUCCAGGCCAAAGAGAAUUCGCCUUUUCAUGUUUAUCUCGCUAAGUCUGAAAAGGAGGAUUUUGUCCUUAAAAAUGUCCCUGAUUUCGAGUAUCUUCAGAAAGUCUAUCAAAGAAUAGAUGGCUGUCCUCAUCUCCGCCUACCACAAGAUUCAAUGGCCGAGCGCUCGAUGCGUCUUAUCUUUUCAGUUGACGAGAGUGAACUUGGUGAUGGAGAGGAGAUAUUAGCCCACGUUAUUGAACGGCAGAUAUCAUACUUUGCAGAUGCAGAUAGUAUCCAGGAGUUUCUAGAGCUGAUCAGAGAGAGUCCCAGGGCUGAGGUAUUUAAGAUAACCCGUGAUGGUUUCAAUAAGGAGAACCCUCGAAAGCCAUUUGCUCUGUGGGAAGGCGUGGAUCCAGUGUUCAAGGACCUAAUAUGCCGAAUGACACAUUUCAACCCAAGGAAGAGAAUAACCGCGCGUGGGGCACUAGAACACGAGUGGUUCAAGGGAAUAUAG